AUGCGCCCUGUAAGGCGGGAAUUGAGAGGGGUGGGGCACGAGCGGGCUCUUCAGGCUGAGGCCGGCCUUGGCUGCCGCUUGUGUGACACCAAGUUGAAAACUGUGCAGGGAGUCGUGACAAGGUUCUGUGAUGAUUAUGGCUUGAUUAACGAGUUAAUCUACUUUACUAAUGAGGUUGUGACUGGCAAUGUGCUUCUGAAAGUUGGACAAAAAGUUACUGCACUUGUGGAAGAAGAUGAAACAUCUCAGGGAUUGAAAGCAAUCAAAGUGGAUGCUGUCUCUGAUAAUUGUGAUGAUGAUGGAUCAUCAGACUCUGGUCCCAGAGUUUUAUUUGGUUGUGUUACCUCUGUAUUGGAAGGUGAUGGAUUCGUUAACCACACAACUUACUUCUCUCUAGACGUUGUUUGUAAAGGUUUUGAGCCUUAUGAGGGUGACUGGAUAGAAGCUGAGUUUUCCAUCCAGCCAGACACGUGGAGCAGAAAGGCAAUCUCGGUGAAGCCCCUGAGACAUAAGCACGUGUAUGAGGUAGUUCAUUUGCAUGUUGCGCCUGUACUUUGUUCUGCUAAACCUUCCACUAACGACCUGCCCUGA